CUCCUCAAAACGCUCUAAUUCGUCGAGCCUGUACCGGCUGCGUAAUUUCUAGAAUUGCGGGUUCAAUUAGACUUAUCAAAGUCGAAGACUUGUCCGCCGGCACACGAUGUACGAAGACGACGUGGAGCUCGCUUACAAGAAAAAGAAGGGCGCAAGGCGACGGAGAUGUCUCGUAGUUACUGUUGUAGUGCUGAUAGCAUUUCUUGUGGGUCUGCUCAUCGGUGCCUUUGCAAUAUCGAGGUCUGGUUCUAAAGAAAAACACAAGAUAGAAGACAGGGGUAGUCAAGCUAAGAGAGAUGUUCUUCAAGAGGAAUUUAGAAAUCUCAUGAACGCGGAAAACCUGAGAGAAAACUUGAAAUACUUUUCAUCGCGUCCUCACAUCGCGGGGAGCCCACGGCAGGUAGAGCUUGCGAACGACCUAGCACGACGAUGGAGGGAAGCUGGGUUCGACCGCGUGGAGAUGCCCCAGUACCAAGUCUUGCUGUCAUUUCCACAGAAAGACAAACCGAACCUUGUCACUCUGUUGCAUAGUAACGGGUCCAUAGCCUAUCAGACGAGUGCGGAGGAACAGAUCGCAGAACCUAGCGAGAACGACACACUCGUCAUCCCCCCCUUCCUGGGUUACGCCCCGAGCGGCACCGUGGAGGGGGAGCUUGUCUACGUCAACUACGGGCGCCUCGAGGACUUCGCGCGUCUGCGGGACAAUCUCGGGAUCAAUAUUACCGGCAAGAUCGCUAUCAUGCGCUAUGGGAAGAACUUUAGGGGAAAUAAGGUGGCAAACGCUGCAAAAAGUGGAGCCAUCGGAGCCAUCCUGUUCUCGGACCCUGCGGACUACGCCCCCAUGGGGUACACUGCUAAUGACACCUACCCCAGCACACCCUGGCUACCAUCUACUGGGGCGCAGCGGGGCUCCAUCUAUACGGGAAAGGGUAUCGGAGACCCUCUGACUCCUGGCUUACCCUCCAUCCCCGGGAUGUACCGGAGGCCGUAUAGCCAGAGCGAAUUACCCGCUAUACCGGCACACCCGAUGUCGUACGGAGACGCUGUGCACUUCCUCUCGAAGAUGGCAGGUUCUGCAGUACCGAAAGAAUGGCGCGGCUCUCUCGACAUCAGCUACAAUCUCGGUCCGGGGCUCACAAACAACAUGCGAGUCAAACUAGAAGUGCACAAUGAACUAGAAAUCAAGACCAUCUACAACGUGAUCGGUACCAUAUAUGGUCAAGAAGAGCCCGACCGCUACGUGCUCAUGGGUAAUCAUAGAGACUCAUGGGUGUUCGGCGCCGUCGAUGCUUCAACUGGGACAGCGGUUACUGCCGAGAUAUCACGUGGUUUUGGGGAGUUAAUGAAGAAAGGCUGGCGGCCCAGAAGGACCAUCAUGAUGUGCAGUUGGGGUGGAGAAGAGUUCAGUUUGAUCGGUUCUAGGGAAUGGGUCGAGCAGCAUUCCAAGGCUUUAAGCGAGCGCGCAAUUACCUACAUCAACCUGGACAUCGCCGUCGGCGGGAACUUUGUCCCAAGCGCCUCAGGGAGCCCAUUGCUGAAGUCCCCCAUCAUGUCUCAACUGAGGACAGUACAAGACACCAACGCCAAGAAAACCCUGUAUGACGUCAUGACGGAGAGACAACCCUCCAUGACCACGCCCAAGGAGCCGAUUUACAAAAUGGUGGGAUCUGGAAGCGACUACGCCGGCUUUUACCAUAAGGUCGGGGUCCCUGUUUCGGACUUUACAUAUGAUAUGGGGUACAAUAAUAGAUCCCUGUUCUACCCGGUGUACCACUCUCAGCAUGAUACGUUCCACUGGAUGGUGAAGUUCAUUGAUCCUGAUUUUGCCAUCCACAAGUCUAUGGCUGAGCUGGGAGGGUCUCUCCUGCUUGAUAUCGCAGACGCUCCUCUGUUGCCGCUAUCAGUUGGUGAAUACGCAAAAAAGCUCAACAAAUCCUUCGCUGUGUUGAGCCAAAGGAAAAUCUUCGCCAAUAAGAGUAUCUCACUGGUUGCCCUUGAAAACGCCACACGCGCGUUUAUGAUGGCAGCUGAUAAGUUCGUGGAAAUCGUGGAACGCGCGCGCGAGGAUCCGGAUGCUCACAGCUUCGCGCUACUGCGCAGACUUAACAACCAGAUGGUCCAGGUCGAGAAGUCGUUCAUCAACUGGCAAGGUCUUCCAGGGCGGCCCUUAGUGCGCCACGUGCUGUUCGCGCCGGAACUUCAUAACACAUACGGGACAUCAAGUUUUCCGGGCAUCAGCGACGCAGUAUACACUGCCAGCCAAUCAGGCAAAGGAUGGGAUGACGUAAAGAUACAGAUAUCCAUAGCAACCGAAUGUGUUAUGGCUGCGACGGAAGCUAUUCGUCCCCUCUCGUCAUGAACUUACUGAAAAGGACUAUUGCCGUCAAGGACAUUGGACCCUCCAUAACUCGAACUUUCUCCCUGACUGAAUAGGACUUCUAUUGUCGUCAAGGACAUUGGACCCUCCAUAACACUGAUCCUUGUUGCUACGCUCGCACUUAGCUGCUCUGGGUGUAUUGGAUUUGUACACAGGUAUCCUUGGGUCACGGAUUGUUUACCGAAAUGUCAUCCUUUUAGUACGGGGUAAAAUGUUGAGCCCUCUUAUCCCAUAACGUUUUCGACUCCGAAAAAUUUCGAAAAAGACAACAAAUAUAUAAUCGGAUCCCUCGUAUCGUCAUUCUGACAACUCCUCCCCCUCCCUAAAAGACAAUUAGGUUAGCCCCCCCCUCCCCCCAAAAAUAAUGCUGAUUUCUAAAAACACAUCCUUUCAUCUCGUAUACGGACUCGCGGGAAGUGAUCCAAAUACACAUCUCGUGCACAAGCUUCCCUUUUUUGGCAUCUGAUCGCACGAUUCCACCGGCAGUUUCUAUUCGCUUACAUACAGGAGAGAGAAGGCUCCGCGGGUUUCCCUGGCUAUCGAAUAUAUCGAUCAUGUCUAUUUUUUUUAUCACAUUCUUUUGUGCUCCAUGUAUGAAAGCUACUAGCAUUUUUUUCUCAUAAGAGCUACUAACUGUUAUUUCUUUUAUAAGACCCUUUCUAAUCACCUUACACUUGACACGUUCAUGUAAUGUACAUAUGAACUGAAACUAAAUUUAGCAGACGCAAGUUUUUGUUACAGUUUGUUAUAAUUUAAUGAUUAAAGAACAUUUUAAUUUCA